AUGGAAUCUCAUUUUGCUAAAUUAUCAAAGCUAAUAUGUCUGGGGCCGGUUAAUGAUGAUGUUCGAGUUGUUGGAAUUACUGGGAUGGGUGGAAUAGGAAAGUCCACUCUUGGUCGAGCUUUAUAUGAAAGAAUCUCUCAUCAAUUUAAUUCUCGUUGUUAUAUUGAUGAUGUAAGCAAACUUUAUCAAGGUUAUGGUACAUUAGGUGUACAAAAAGAGUUACUUUCUCAGUCUCUAAAUGAAAGAAAUCUAGAGAUUUGCAAUGUAUCUAAUGGAACACUUCUGGUAUGGGAGAGGCUAUCCAAUGCAAAGGCACUUAUAGUUCUUGACAAUGCUGAUCAAGAUAAACAACUUGAUAUGUUUACUGGGGGUAGAGUUGAUCUGUUACGCAAAUGUCUAGGUAGAGGAAGCAUAGUCAUUAUAAUUUCUAGAGAUAAACAAAUAUUGAAGGCACAUGGAGUAGAUCUUAUUUACCAAGUGAAACCAUUGAAUUACAAUGAUGCUGUUCGAUUGUUUUGCAAAAAAGCAUUCAAAAAUAAUUAUAUUAUGAGUGAUUUUGAAAAUUUGACUUAUGAUGUAUUAUCACAUUGUCAAGGUCAUCCUUUAGCAAUUGAAGUGUUAGGCUCAUCUUUAUUUGAUAAAGAUGUCUUACAUUGGAGGAGUGCACUGGCUUCGUUAAGAGAAAAUAAAAGUAAAAGUAUUAUGGAUGUGUUGCGAAUAAGUUUUGAUCAAUUAGAGGAUACACACAAGGAAAUAUUUCUAGAUAUUGCAUGUUUCUUCAAUUUCUUCAAUGAGGAUGAUGUGAAAUAUGUGAAGGAAGUUCUAGAUUUUCGUGGAUUUAAUCCCGAAUAUGGCCUACAAGUUCUCGUUGAUAAAUCACUCAUAACCAUGGAUUCGAGGUGGAUUCAAAUGCAUGACUUGUUGCGCGAUUUGGGCAAGUAUAUUGUUAGAGAAAAAUCACCUAGGAAGCCAUGGAAGUGGAGCAGGUUGUGGGAUUUUAAAGAUUUCCUUAAAGUUAUGUCAAAUAAUAAGGUAGCAAAAAAUGUUGAGGUCAUAAUAAUUGAAGAUCCAUAUGGCAUUUUUCGAACAAGAACAAUGAGGGUUGAUGCUCUAUCAACAAUGAGGGUUGAUGCUCUAUCAACAAUGAGUAGCCUUAAGCUUCUCAUAUUUGGAUAUAGGAUAGCUGGCUUCAAAAUCGAAAUCAAUUUUUCAGGAACACUUGCUAAGCUUUCCAAUGAAUUAGGAUAUCUUCGUUGGCCAAAGUAUCCUUUUGAGUGUUUGUCACCAAGUAUUGAGCCGGACAAACUUGUUGAGUUGAUUCUACCUAGAAGCAACAUCAAACAACUUUGGGAAGGCACAAAGCCUCUACCCAAUUUGAGGCGUUUGAAUCUCUCUGGCUCCAAAAAUCUAAUUAAAAUGCCAUAUAUUGGAGAUGCCCUGUAUCUUGAGAGACUUGAUCUCGAAGGAUGUAUACAACUCGAAGAGAUCGGUCUGUCCGUUGUUCUUUCACGAAAGCUUACUUCUCUGAAUUUGAGAAAUUGCAAAAGUCUUAUCAAGUUGCCACCAUUUGGAGAGGAUCUAAUUCUUCAAAAUCUAGAUCUCGAAGGAUGUAAAAAACUCAGACACAUUGAUCCAUCCAUCGGUCUUCUAAAAAAGCUCAGAAGAUUGAAUUUGAAAAACUGCAAAAAUCUAGUAAGCUUACCCAAUAGCAUACUAGGCCUCAAUUCUCUUCAAUAUCUGAUUCUCUCUGGCUGUUCAAAACUGUACAACACCGAGUUAUUUUAUGAACUAAGGGAUGCAGAGCAAUUGAAGAAGAUUGAUAUAGAUGGAGCUCCUAUUCAUUUCCAAUCAACAUCUUCCUACUCCAGACAACAUCAAAAAUCAGUUAGUUGCUUAAUGCCUUCCUCCCCAAUAUUUCCAUGGAUGCGUGAACUUGAUCUAAGUUUCUGUAAUUUAGUUGAAAUCCCUGAUGCUAUUGGAAUUAUGAGUUGCUUAGAAAGGCUAGAUUUAAGUGGUAACAAUUUUGCUACACUGCCCAACCUCAAGAAGCUUUCCAAACUGGUCUGUUUAAAGUUACAACAUUGCAAGCAGUUGAAAUCUUUGCCUGAGCUCCCUUCACGGAUUGGCUUCGUAACUGAUUCAUCGUAUUGUGCACUAAGACAAACAGGAUUAUACAUUUUUAACUGCCCAGAAUUAGUUGAUAGGGAACGCUGCACUGACAUGGCUUUUUCAUGGAUGAUGCAAUUGUUUCAGUACCAGGUGAAAUACAAGAUUGAAAGUGUUAGUCCAGGAAGUGAAAUACGAAGGUGGUUCAAUAAUGAGCAUGAGGGAAAUUGUGUAAGCUUAGACGCAUCUCCUGUUAUGCAUCACCAUAAUUGGAUUGGCGUUGCGUUUUGUGCAAUAUUCGUCGUACCUCAUGAAACACUCUCAGCGAUGGGUUUUUCAGAAGCAGAAUGGUCAUUUCCUUUGUUUGGUGAUAUUCCAGUGGAUUUAUAUGGAGAUGUAGAUCGAGAACUUGUUUUAGACAAAUCAGAUCACAUGUGUCUAUUCUAUGUUGAUCGACUUGACAUCAUUGCAGAUUUCCAUCUGAAGCACAAAUAUCUUGGCAGAUUGCUUUUGAAAUGUGAUAAUGAAGGGAUAAGGUUCAAAGAAUCAUAUGCUGAGGUGAAGAAAUAUGGAUAUCGCUGGGUAUAUAUAGGGGAUAUAGAAUGGUCGGCUAGGAAGCGCAAAUUUGGGGCUAGGAAGCGCAAAUUUGGGGAAAUUGAAGAAAAUGAAGGAAAAAGAAAGAAAGGAAUAAUGUCAGCAGAAGGGAGAAAAAAUGAUGCAACCACCUCCCAGAAAAAGACAAUCAAGUUGUUGCUAAAUGAAUUUCAAAAUCUUAGCCUAUAG